CAAACCAGCAAAAAAAAAAAGACAAAAACACAUUUUCUUAGUUUCUGUUAUAUAUUGUUACAAAUCAUUUUUUUGUAACUUUAGACCAAAUGUAUUUGACUAAAUUUCUUUGCCUGUGCGCGCUCCCUGGGAGCGUGCAGCACCGCGAUCUGGUGCCCACUGUGUCCUCUAGACACAGCGGAACACCGAUGGCUGUACGUGAUCUCGGUGUGAGGUCCCGAUCAUGUGAUCACUGACUGGCCAAUCAGUGAUCACAUGAAUAGUAGUAAGCAAGAUGUCGCUUCCUGA